AUGUACACCUCUUUGCCAGGUCGCGGUUCAUCCAACUCACUCGCUUCGAUGGGAGAAUCCACAUCUCUGCAGGUGCAUGUUAGACAGGAUUCUUCUACCUCAGCAUCAUCUGCCCAUUCGGCAGGACAAACAAAUCAAGCAAGUCAGGAUUCCCAUUCUUCUGUUGCCACGGCGACGGAUGAAGGCGCCUCGGCAACUGUCUGUACCAGAGCCCCAACUGGUGCCGGAGUAGGCGUCACGGGAGGCAAAAGUGGCGGAGAGGGUAACGGAAGCAGUGGCGGCCAAAUGCCGUCCGGAGCUCUGGCCGGCAUACUCGUCACGUCGCGAGCAAAUACAGCGCCUAUGGACAUUUCAACGAUUGUCGCAAAAUCUGACGUCGCCAGCGUCGGCCAAAAGCCGACUUCGGGGAGUCUAGUUUCGGCGGACGGACAGCAGCCAGAGUCAUCGGCCUCCUUCAAGGGACCCUUUGCCACCACCGACCUUUUGCCGUCUGCCUCAGCUGCCCUGAAUGAAAAAGUCGAUCCCUACAUCUCGAUGCUCGUAAGAGGGUAG